AUGUCUGCUUCAACCACAUCGAUCAACCACAUCGAGCCAUGUGAUCGCGGCCGAGAUUGGGCUACUCAGAGCAAGCGAUGUUUUGAUUCUCGGACUGAGGCCGUUUCUGUCACGGCUAUCCAAGGUUGCGCCUUGUUGGCCAAUCUGGCUUUUAUCGAGGGCGAUGCAAUGAUGGAGUCACUUUACGCUGCUCAGGCAAUCCGGAUGGUCCAAUUACUGGACCUUCCGCGGCGCCUAAGUGCCGAUUCAGUUCAACAAGAGACGGAGAUUCGAAUCUGGUGGACGGUAUGGAUGACGGAUGCCUGGACUUCAACGAGCCUUGCCAUCCCGCCGCAAUUGAUUGUCGAGCCUGCUUAUCCGCCGCCAAUGGAGGAGGCUGCAUUCACAAAUUUGAGGUCUGACAGGAGCCCUGAUGCCCCUGCUAGCACCGCGCAUGAACGAGAAUCGGGCCUGUGGACUCAAAUGAUACCCUUGACCCAGAUCAUGGCUAAGAUUCAUACGCUGAACACUAAAGCUAUGAAAGAUGUGGCUAGUGGGGCACAGAUAUUGGAGGAAGUAGAACAGCUCUCUUUCCAGCUCGACCUUUGGCGAUCCCGUCUUCCGGACCACCUUGAGAGUACCCCAGCAAACUUGCAGGCUUAUGCGGAUCGAGGACUUGGAAGGGUAUUUGCUGCGCUACAUUUUGGGUAUCACCAUCACUCCCAAGUCCUGUGUUAUCGAUUUCUACGCCACGCUGGGGAGAACAGUCACCAACAACCCUUCUCGACAGCUUUCUUGUAUGAGCAUGUGGCUCAAAACUAUGCGAGUCGAUGCAAGUACCACGCAUUGGAACUUAGUAAGUUGAUGUGGAAAACGAAUACUACUGCCGGACUUGAAUGCCUAUGGGCGAUCAACGGGCAUUUGCUUGUCAUUGCGUCGUCCACCCAUCUACACACCCUUCUAUUUGAGGGAAAUGAAGCCUCUCGGCGAGAAGCGAAGGAGCUGCUGGAACAGAAUUUCAAGAUGCUGUUGCAGCUGCAAAGAUACUGGCCUUGCCUUUACUUGUCGAUGUCCCGACUGAAGGCGUUUCAUCGUGCCUGCGAAGAAAGCAUGGAUCAAAGCUUCGAUAUGGAUCAGUGGAUGCUACAUUUCCUCCAACAAUACGCCUCGCCAGCUGGGGACCGUUUCAUGGGCCUUGGAAAAGAUAGUGAAAGUGCGAACGGUUAUCUGUCUCACUCAUUCAUAUCAAACAAGCGGGUUACCUUAAGUUUUCAGGCCGGUAGACAAUUCUUGCCUCAGUAG